AUGAUAAAGGCACAACUCGUGUUGGAUUACCAGCUGCAGGUCAGCCAACACGACGAAGUGCUGCUGGCCCUGGAAGUUGCACGAAAGGAACACACAGACCAUCUGCAGUUAGAAUUCUACACUGUACUUUUGAGUGCCUGAAGUAAUAGACCUUUGUUCACAGUCAGUUCUACACCGGCCGUUUGGAUCAUCGUUGUUAAGUUGCACAAGGGCGAGCGCAGCUCAGCAGCCGGAUUGGCUCUGAAGCACUUGGGCAAUAGCAACAAUGGACUUCGCGGCGCUUGAGGACAUUGAUGGAGUUCGGCUCACCUGGAACAUCUGGCCGAACUCCAAGCUGGAGGCGACGAAAUGCGUUAUUCCGUUCGCGUCCAUCUACACGCCCAACAAGCGGCUGCCCACGAUGCCGGUGCUGCCGUACGAGCCCAUUCCCUGCAAGCAGUGCAACGCCAUCCUCAACCCCUACGCGCGCGUGGACUUCUACAGCAAGGUGUGGAUCUGCCCCUUCUGUCACAGCCGCAACCACUUCCCGGCGCAUUACCAGGGCAUCUCCGACACCAACAUGCCCGCGGAGCUGUACCCCAAUUACUGCACCAUCGAGUACACGCUGCCCAAGACCGUGGCGCCGCACCCGCCCGCGUACGUGUUCCUCAUCGACACUUGCGUCAGCGAGGAUGAGCUGAGCGCCUGCAAGACGGCUAUCAUGCAGGCCAUCCAGACGCUGCCGGAGUACGCGUACGUGGGCCUGGUGACGUUCGGCACGCACGUGCACGUGUACGAGCUGGGCUUCACGGAGUGCAGCAAGUGCUUCGUGUUCCGCGGCUCCAAGGAGUACACCAGCCAGCAGAUCGUGGAGCAGCUGGGCAUGCGUGGGGGCCAGCAGCAGCGGGCCGGGCAGCCGGCCGGCGGGCCGGCGGGGCCGGCACCGGGGCCGCAGCGUCGCUUCCUCAUGCCGCUCGGCGAGUGCGAGUUCACGCUGACCACCGCCCUGGAAGAGCUGCAGAAGGACUCGUACCCGGUGGUGGCCACACACCGCCCAGCGCGCUGCACGGGCACAGCCAUGCAGGUGGCGGCCUCGCUGCUGGGCUCCUCGGUGCCCAUCGGCAGCUGCGCAGCGCGCAUCCUCCUGUUCGUGGGCGGGCCCUGCACGGAGGGCAGCGGCAAGGUGGUUAACCGGGAGCUGACGGAGGAGAUCCGCUCACACAAGGACCUGGCGAAGGACGGUGCGCCGCACUUCCGCAAGGGCAAGAAGUUCUACGACGGGCUGGCGCAGGAGCUGGUGGCGCACGGUCACUCGCUGGACAUCUUCGCCUGUGCGCUGGACCAGAUCGGCAUGGCGGAAAUGAAGGACGCUGUAAUGCUGACAGGCGGCCUGACGGUGCAGACCGACACCUUCCACAACGUGGUGUUCCGCGACUCGCUGAAGCGCCUGUUUGCGCGCGACGGCGAGGACGGCUUCCUGGCCCUGUCCUCCAACGCCACCUUUGAGGUCAUCCCCUCGCGGGACAUCAAGGUGGCGGGAAUGCUGGGCCAGGCGGCGCGUGUCGACAAGAAGAGCCCGUACGUAGCGGACGUGGAGGUGGGGCUGGGCGGCACCACCACCUGGAAGCUGUGCAGCCUGGAUUCGGAGACCAGCGUGGCGCUGCUGUACGAGAUCACCGCCACCGCCAACCGGGAAGCGGGCGACGCCCAGUCCAACCAGCAGUUCUUCCUCCAGUUCAUCACGCGGUACCUGCAUUGGACCGGCGAGCUGCGGUGCCGUGUGACCACUGUCACGCGGCGCUGGAUCGACGGGACGCAAAUCGGCGAGGUUAUCACCGGCUUCGACCAGGAGGCGGCGGCGGUGCUGAUGGCGCGGCUGGCCACGCACAAGAUGGAGACGGAGGAGGACUUUGACGCCACGCGCUGGCUGGACCGCGCGCUCAUUCGGCUGGCGCAGCGCUUUGGCGACUACCGCAAGGAUGACCCGCAGUCCUUCAACCUGCGUCCCGAGCUCAGCUUCUACCCGCAGUUCAUGUUCAACCUGCGGCGAAGCCAGUUCGUGCAGGUGUUCGGCAACAGCCCCGACGAGACCGCCUACUACCGCAUGGCGCUGUUCCGCGUGGCAGUGCCGGACGCCAUGGUUAUGAUCCAGCCCCAGCUGACGGCGUACCAUUUCAACGGGCCACCGGAGCCGGUGCUGCUGGACGUGUCGUCCAUCCUGCCGGAGCGGGUGCUGCUGCUGGACGCCUACUUCUACGUGGUGGUGUUCCACGGCACCACCAUAGCGCAGUGGCGCAAGGCCGAGUACCACCUGCAGCCCGAGCACGUCGCGUUCGCGCAGGUGUUGGCGGCGCCCCAGGCGGAGGCCAAGGAGAUUGUGCGGCGGCGAUUCCCCGUGCCGAAGAUUGUGGACUGCGACCACAACGGUUCGCAGGCCCGCUUCCUGCUAGUGAAGCUCAACCCCUCGUCCACCUACACGUCCGCCACGCCCAUGUCGGCCGAGGUCAUCAACACCGACGACGUCAGCCUGGCCACUUUCACGGAGCACCUCAAGCGGCUGGCGGUGCAGUCUUAGAACGUGGGAAGUGCAAGCGUGUGUGAACUGCCAGAGUGGGUCAGAGUUUUAUGAGCAUUGAGCGUGUUGAGGUAUCUCUCGUGGUCUAGAUGGCAGAGCUAUGCAUGUCGACUGCAUGCGUUUACGCAGGCAAAGAAUCUGCCUUAGACGGUGCAGCAUACUCGAGGGUGUAGUGCGCGUAGUAUGGGCAGGAGGUCAUUAGCAGCGUGCUGCCCAACUGUGAUAUAUGGUUCCAUUGCGUGUUGCGGGCAAGUCUUUCCGAAGCAUUAUGGAAGCCAUGGCAAUCUUCCAGGAUGUGGAAAUGCAGGAACAUGCAUGCGAUAGGAGGUUGCGGCGCAUGGACACAGGUGGGUGAUUGUGGUCCUGUUGUGGGCCACCUGCUGUGAGGUCAUGGCAUGGCUGCAGAAUUUUCAGCAUGGGUAGCGGAGUGUUUGACCACAGGAGCACGGACUGCGGGUGGUGCGGGCGUGAGGUUGCGCGCAAGACAUGUGGAUGGUCAGGGCGAGCUCGGCUGGAAACGGUCACCGUUGCGCAUGCAGCGUCUCCUGCCUGCCGAGCCUCUUUCGAUAGAGAUCUGCUGCCGGUAUACGUUAAAGUCUCUCGCGGA